CACAUUAAGAUCGACAUGGAGGCGCCGGAGUUCAAAGAUUUUGCCAAAACAAUGGUGGACUUUAUAGCCGAAUAUCUGGAGAACAUACGCGAAAGGCGCGUUCUGCCGGAAGUGAAGCCCGGGUACCUGAAGCCGCUAAUUCCGGAUACGGCGCCCGAAAAGCCGGAGAAGUGGCAGGAUGUGAUGCAGGACAUUGAGCGGGUCAUCAUGCCGGGAGUGACCCACUGGCACAGUCCCAAGUUCCAUGCCUACUUCCCCACGGCCAACUCUUAUCCAGCGAUCGUGGCGGACAUGCUGAGUGGAGCGAUUGCCUGCAUCGGAUUCACCUGGAUUGCCAGUCCCGCGUGCACGGAACUCGAGGUGGUCAUGAUGGAUUGGCUGGGCAAGAUGCUGGAGCUGCCGGCGGAAUUCCUGGCCUGUUCGGGCGGCAAGGGAGGCGGAGUCAUCCAGGGAACGGCCAGUGAGUCCACACUGGUGGCGCUGCUGGGAGCCAAGGCUAAGAAGGUGAAAGAAGUGAAGGAGCUGCAUCCGGAGUGGGAUGAGCACACCAUCCUGGGCAAGCUGGUGGGCUACUUUUCUGCCCAGGCUCAUUCCUCCGUGGAGCGUGCUGGUCUCUUGGGAGGAGUGAAGCUCCGUUCUGUGCAGUCCGAGAAUCACAGAAUGCGUGGUGCUGCACUGGAAAAGGCCAUCGAACAGGAUUUGGCCGAGGGUUUGAUUCCCUUCUAUGCCGUGGUCACCCUGGGCACCACCAACUCCUGCGCCUUCGAUUACUUGGAUGAGUGUGGACCCGUGGGAAACAAGCACAAUGUGUGGGUCCAUGUGGACGCUGCUUAUGCCGGAUCCGCUUUCAUUUGCCCCGAGUACCGCCACCUGAUGAAGGGCAUUGAGUCAGCGGACUCUUUUAAUUUCAACCCACACAAAUGGAUGCUGGUGAACUUCGACUGCUCGGCCAUGUGGCUGAAGGAUCCCAGUUGGGUGGUCAACGCCUUCAAUGUGGACCCUCUUUACCUGAAGCACGAUAUGCAGGGAUCCGCUCCGGACUAUCGUCACUGGCAAAUCCCACUUGGACGGCGAUUCCGGGCUUUGAAGCUCUGGUUCGUCCUCCGGCUGUACGGAGUCGAGAAUCUCCAAGCCCACAUCCGCAGACAUUGCAAUUUUGCCAAGCAGUUUGGGGAUCUCUGCUUGGCGGAUUCCAGAUUCGAACUGGCCGCUGAGAUUAAUAUGGGAUUGGUCUGUUUCCGUCUGAAGGGCAGCAACGAGCGGAACGAAGCUCUCCUCAAGCGAAUCAAUGGACGCGGCCACAUCCACUUGGUUCCUGCCAAAAUCAAGGAUGUGUACUUCCUACGCAUGGCCAUAUGCUCGCGAUUCACCCAGUCCGAGGACAUGGAGUACUCGUGGAAGGAGGUCAGUGCCGCUGCCGACGAGAUGGAACAGGAGCAGUAAAUUGGUUGUGCAGAUCUGU